AUGAACCAAGAAAUGAAUGGGGUUGAGGCUGAUCAGGUUCAGAGGGUAGCUCAGGAGAUUAAUGGGCAAGAAAAGAUAGACUAUGUGUUCAAGGUGGUGGUUAUUGGAGACUCAGCAGUUGGGAAGACUCAGAUUCUGUCCAGGUUUACUAAGAAUGAGUUCUGCUUUGACUCCAAGUCCACUAUUGGGGUUGAGUUCCAGACUAGGACUGUCACCAUUAAAGGCAAACUCAUCAAAGCCCAGAUCUGGGAUACUGCUGGCCAAGAAAGGUAUAGAGCAGUAACAAGUGCAUACUAUAGAGGUGCAUUAGGGGCAAUGCUGGUGUAUGACAUUACCAAGAGGCAGACCUUUGAUCAUGUUGCUAGGUGGGUGGAGGAACUCCGGGCUCACGCCGACAAUUCGAUCGUGAUCAUGCUGGUUGGGAACAAAGCUGAUCUUGGGGAGCAGAGAGAUGUGCCCACAGAAGAUGCAGUUGAGUUUGCUGAGGAUCAAGGGCUGUUCUUCUCUGAGACAUCAGCCUUCAGUGGUGAAAAUGUGGACACUGCAUUCUUUAGUGUCCUAGAGAAGAUAUAUGGGGUGGUGUCUAAGAAGGCAUUGGAAUGUGGCAAUGGAAACAAAUCCAAUGGGGUUGAUCUUAAAGGAGCUAAAAUUGAUGUUAUUUCUGGGUCUGAGUUGGAAAUUAGUGAGAUGAAGAAAUUGUCUGCUUGCUCUUGUUGA